AUGAAGUUUAAGGGUACUGAUAGAUUUCGUAUUACCACAUACCAUAAUAUGCACACAUGUGGAGUACAACAUCUUACAAGCCAUCAUCGACACGCAACAGCUGAAGUCAUUGCUAAACACAUUGAAAAUAAAUUUAUCGAGGGGAACAGUCUAUCUACAAGAGAAAUUAAGGAAACAAUUCGUGUAGAAUUGGGAUGCAAGAUUAGUUAUUGGAAAUUUUUGGCGGGUAGUUAUAUUGCAAAAUCUUUGACAAGAGGAACACCAGAAUACGGAUAUGAAGUUAUAGAUAAAUACCGUCAUAUGAUUCAUGUUACAAAUGAAGGAAGCAUGACAGAUUUGAAGGUUGAUUUUUAUGGCAGAUUCUUAUAUUUUUUUGUAUCCUAUGGAGCUUGGAUAAAUGGAUUUGCUUAUACAAGAAAAGUCCUAGCUGUUGAUGGAACACAUUUGUUUGGAAAGUAUGGCGGAGUGUUGUUUUCUGUUAUGGCGUUGGAUACCGAAAAUCACAUAUUUUCCUUGGCAUUUUGUAUUGUAAAUUCAGAGGGUGAUGUCUCACAUCCAUCUAUAAAGAAAAUUAUUUCAAAGAUUUAUACUGAAGCUCAUUAUGGAGUUUGUGUGAGGCAUCUUGGUGAAAACAUCCGCAAAAACUUUCAAUGUGGAGAUUGGAUGCACCAUUUUUAUGAUGCAGCAAAAGCAUAUCAGAGGGACGAGUUUAAUGAUCAUUUUCAACAAAUCAAAGAUUUGGAUAUGACUGUCGCCAAAUAUCUUGAGGAUGUUGGUUUCCACAGAUGGAGUAGAGCAUACUUCCCUGCAACAGAUACGUUAUAA